UCUUCCUGUAAUAAAGGUGGUGACCAUCCCUUUAAGAGCGGCUCCUGUAAUAUAGGUGGUUGACCAUCCCUUUAAGAGCUGUGUGUGCAGUGUGGAUAAAGUGUGAACCUGCCCGGAGAGCUGGAUUGUGGAGCAGCGAGUGUGUCUCUGCCUGGCUCACUCCUCUCACACACACCUUGCCGCAGCCUGGACAGAGGGACACAGAGACAGCAGCUACCCACUGGGCCUCUCUCCUCCCUGGGCUGUGAGACCGGACCUCCACCCCCUCCCCCUAGCCGAGGACCAGGAGACCCACCUCUAGAGACCCACAGCAGACCUCAGAGCAAUGUGAUCACUGACUGAACCAAGCCAGGACCAAACAGGCUGUUAUGGAUCUGAGAAGAAGAAGGAACAGCACGCUGUGAAUCCCUGCUGGUCCAGUCACAAUGGUCCCAGUUCUGUUUUUGGUGGCAAUCACGUUAUCAAGCAAUGACACUUCCAAUGAAGACCAGACAGGAGAAGACACAAAGUCCCAGAGUUCCCACAUCCUGCCCACCGUGCUGGUCUUCUCCGUGCUGCUUGUCAUCAGCAUUCUGCUGGCCUGGUACUUCCUCAGGAUAAGGAACCAGAGAAAGGAGGUCGUCACAGCAGUCGACAAGAAAAUACCGAAUGGAAUCCUGGAAGAACAAGGGCACACCGUUGACAUCAUAGACAUCUCGGAGGAGUUAAACACCCACCCAUCAUCAGAACAACAGACAGUGGUGCUGCUCCCCAGAUCCCCCUCUGCCUCUAAAACCUACUUCCCCAUCCCAGUCGACUGCCUGGAGGAGGAGACCAGGAUACGAUCCGCUGACGAUGGCAAACUCUUCAGAGAGGAGUUCAAUUCGUUGCCGUCUGGAUAUACCCAGGGGACAUGCCAGGAGGCCAACAAAGAAGACAACAGAGAAAAGAACAGAUAUCCCAACAUCCUUCCAUAUGACCAUUCCAGGGUGGUGUUAACACAGCUCGAUGGAAACCUCUGUUCAGACUACAUCAACGCUUCCUAUAUCCAUGGCUACACGGACAAUAACAAAUUUAUCGCAGCACAAGGUCCUAAACAAGACACGGUAGCAGACUUCUGGAGGAUGAUAUGGGAACAGAAGACAGCAACUAUUGUCAUGCUGACCAACCUGAAAGAGAGGAAAGAGGACAAGUGUUACCAGUACUGGCCAGACCAGGGCUGUUGGACCUAUGGUAAUGUCCGGGUGGCUGUGGAAGACUUCACUGUGUUGGUGGACUACACCAUAAGGAAGUUCUGCAUACAAUAUCAGGCCAGCGACGGCACCAAGCCCUCCAGGCUGGUCACCCAGCUCCACUUCACCAGCUGGCCUGAUUUUGGGGUGCCCUUUUCCCCCAUCGGCAUGCUCAAGUUCCUCAAGAAAGUCAAGAUGGUCAAUUCCUCCUUCGCUGGGCCCAUCGUGGUUCACUGCAGUGCUGGUGUGGGAAGGACAGGGACCUUCAUUGUGAUUGACGGCGUGAUUGACAUGAUGCACCAAGAGCAGAAGAUUGACGUCUUUGGUUUUGUGUCCAAGAUAAGAGACCAGCGCUCACAGCUUGUACAGACAGAUAUUCAGUACUCGUUCAUCUACCAGGCCCUGUUGGAAUACUACCUCUACGGAGACACGGAACUGGACGUGUCAUCUCUGGAAGGACACCUGCACAAACUCCACAACACCCACGCCCCCUUCGACAGGGUCGGCCUGGAAGAAGAGUUCAAAAAACUGACCAACAUGCGGAUAAUGAAGGAGAACAUGAGGAUGGGAAAUCUCCCUGCCAACAUGAAGAAGAACCGAGUGCUCCAGAUUAUUCCAUAUGACUUCAACAGAGUGAUUAUGUCCAUGAGAAGAGGCCAAGAAUUUACUGACUACAUCAAUGCGUCAUUUAUAGAUGGCUACAGGCAGAAGGACUACUUCAUAGCGACCCAGGGUCCUUUAUCUCACACGGUAGAGGACUACUGGAGGAUGGCGUGGGAGUGGAAGUGUCACUCCAUCGUCAUGCUGACGGAGCUACAGGAGAGGGAGCAGGACAAGUGUUUCCAGUACUGGCCCACAGAGGACUCAGUGACCUAUGGAGACUACACUGUAGAGAUGAAGGGAUCCACUGUGUGUGACAGCUUCAGUGUACGGGAUCUGGUACUCACCUACGGCCCAGAUAAGCAGACACGUCUGGUCCGCCACUUCCAUUUUCACGGCUGGCCAGAGAUCGGGAUCCCAGCCGAAGGGAAAGGAAUGAUCGACAUCAUCGCCUCGGUGCAGAGACAGCAACAGCAGUCAGGAAACCAUCCCAUCAUCGUACACUGCAGUGCUGGUGCAGGGCGAACAGGUACGUUCAUUGCACUGAGCAAUAUCCUGGAGCGGGUCAAGGCUGAGGGCCUACUGGACGUCUUCCAGACUGUGAAGAGUUUACGGAUGCAGAGACCACAUAUGGUCCAGACCGUGGAACAAUACGACUUCUGCUACCGCGUGGUACAAGACUUUGUGGACAUUUUCUCAGACUAUGCCAAUUUUAAAUGAUGAAAUAUUUGCCUUACAAACAUUUUUUUUUUGUUCAAAUGUUGUUGUUGUUUUGUUUUUUCAAAUACCAGUUGGUCAGGCUUUGUGUCAUGUCCUUAGAAGGAUUAAAUGUUUUUCUAUUUCGCUAUGCACUUGUCCUUACUGUAACUAAAACUCCAUCCCUCGCUGUAAUAUACUGUCCCCUCAACGGACGAAAAUUUGUAAAUGCCAAAAUGUAAGAUUAAUAAUGUAUAUUUCACAUCAUGUAUAAUAAUUAUUUUGUAAUGAAAUUCAAGUGUUUUUUGUGUGUUUCUUUUUAGUUUUAAACGUUGAGUCUCUUUAUUCACAUAUUUUAGUUGUUGUAUGAUACUGUACUUUUGUUAAACAUCGUGUUUGUUCAGACUGGGUGUUUAUUUUGGCUUCUGACCGUUCUUGUUUCCUUUUGAAAAGAGGCGCUAUUGUAAAUGUUUUGCAUAUCGAUAGCAGACCUUCCAUUUAAUUGCAUUCUAAGAACAUUAUAUGUGUAUGUGUAUAUAUAUAUAUGUAUGUAUGUAUGUAUAUAUAUAUAUAUAUGUAUGUAUAUAUAUAUAUAUGUGUGUGUAUAUAUAUAUAUAUAUAUGUGUGUGUAUAUAUAUAUGUGAAUAUUAGUAAGAUAUUCUGACAUGUAUUGAUGCCUUCUAUCUGUGACUAGAGGUGAUAUCUCAUCCUUCUUUUAUUGAAUUGGAAAUAACCCUUUUAUUUAAAAAAAAGAUAUAUAUAUAUUAAGGUAUUUACAAUGCAAGUUUUUUCAGGCACAAUAUCAAGAACACAGAAGAAAAAAAAAUAUGCAAAGUAUUGAAUAUCAAGUUACGCCAUUAUUAUUAUUAUUAUUAUUAUUGUCAAGGAUAAUAGUUUAAAACAACAUAUUAAAGAAUUGUAAGAAAGAGUUUCCUGAUGGAAGUAGUAGCAACUACACAUAUAAUAACAAGGUACCAGUAGUAGUACUAAUCAGUAGUACUAAUCAAAUCAGUAGUACAAAACAUACUGCAGUUUUUUUUGUUUGCUGCCAUUGCACAUAUUCUGAAGCACAUGUAUCAUCACCAAGAAUACCACCAAGGAACAGCACAGAUACAUUCUGUCAAAUAUGUUAAAUCUGAAACGUCACAGUCAUCAUUUGUAUAUUCAUGUGUAUUGCUUUAAUGGCAGUUUGGAUACAUUUAUUUCGUUUUUUGUUAAAUGUACGCGGUCCUGAACUGUCCAUAUCGUUUAGACGUGACGUGUUUUAUUUGACCUAGAUAGGAAGGUGUCUGCUGAUGCAGUUGCCAAAAAAUGACUAUAAGGAAUAAACAAAACACAAGUCGUUCUGACGCAACACUCAGUGUGACCUGUAAAAUUAAAAGAUUGUAACUUAAGGGCAUCGAAAUGAACUCGACACAAUAUCUAUAUAUGCAUUUUUUUUUUGUAAGCACAAAAGAUGGGUGUGUUUCAUUUAAAAUAACGAUCCUCAAUCUGUUCAUAAUAUAUCCAUGUAAAUGCCAUACUUUAGUAUUUAGACCUCAGUGCCGUUAUAGUACACCGGCUACCACCAAUCUCAUGAUAUAUAAAACAUAUCCUCAUUAUGGCCUUACACCAUUUGUAUUGUUGUGAAAGAUGAGGUCAGGGGUCAACCAAAACAUGACCUCAUAAACUCCCAUGAUAUAUAAAACAUAUCCUCAUUAUGGCCUUACACCAUUUGCAUUGUUGCGAAAGAUGAGGUCAGGGGUCAACCAAAACAUGACCUCAUAAAACUCCCAACGGUGCUUCAAUGCCAGUUAAGUUACGGGCGUCCUUGUAUAGGAGUCCUUGUAUUGAAAUAAGUCCAACUGAAUGCCAAGGGCCCAGAAGCCCACAUUUACACACCCCUCUAUUCCUAUAUGACACGUUGAUACAACGGGAGGAUGAACUCUAACCGUGUCAGAUACACAAUGAACGAGGAUGUUUAGUAGUUGGGAAUAUGGAAUUGUUGGAUGCUUUGUCAGAUGUGAGUUGUUGUUUCGGGAGGAAUGGCCUAACUUAACUUCACCUCUCUCUCUCCCUUUUCUCUCUCUCUCUCUGUCUCUCUCUCUCUCUCUCUCUCUCUUGGCCUCUCUCUCUCUCUCUCUCUCUCUCUCGGCCUCUCUCUCUUGGCCCCUCUCUCUCGGCCCCCUCUCUCUCUCUCUGCCUCUCUCUCUCGGCCCCUCUCUCUCUCAGCCUCUCUCUCUCUCGGCCUCUCUCUCUCGGCCUCUCUCUCUCUCUUGGCCCCUCUCUCUCUCGGCCCCUCUCUCUCUCAGCCUCUCUCUCUCUCGGCCUCUCUCUCUCUCUUGGCCCCUCUCUCUCGGUCCCUCUCUCUCGGCCCCUCUCUCUCUCUCUCUCUCUCUCUCGGCGUCUCUCUCUCUCUGCCUCUCUCUCUCUCUCGGCUUCUCUCUCUCUCGGCCUCUCUCUCUUUCGGCCUCUCUCUCUCUCUCUUGGCCCCUCUCUCUUGGCCCCUCUCUCUCUCGGCAUCUCUCUCUCUCUCGGCCUCUCUCUCUCUCGGCCUCUCUCUCUCUCGGCCUCUCUCUCUCGGCCCCUCUCUCUCUCGGCCUCUCUCUCUCUCUCUCUCGGCCUCUCUCUCUCUCUUGGCCCCUCUCUCUCUCUCUCGGCCCCUCUCUCUCGGCCUCUCUCUCUCUCGGCCUCUCUCUCUCUCUUGGCCCCUCUCUCUCGGUCACUCACUCUCUUGGCCCCUCUCUCUCUCAGCCUCUCUCUCCCUCUCGGCCUCUCUCUCUCUGCCUCUUUUUGAUCUGUUCUUUGAUGAAGAUGAAAGAGGGUGUUUUCAGGUCACACCUCUUCAUCUUUAGUUUUCUGCUUUUCAUUGUCGCCCUCUUGGAUUCUCAAUGUCUUUUAAAUGCCAGGUUGCAACAUUAAAUUCAUUGAAAAACCUA